AGAAAUGAUUAGCAGAAAACAGAAGGCUUGACUAAAUGACUAAAACAGACGUUUUUUUUUUUUUUUAACUUUUUUUUUUAUUAUUAUUAUUAUUCAAUAAUUGAAAAUAAGUAUGGCUAUGUCACAGUGUCUGGAUGAUUUACCGGACUGGAGAAGGUCGGAGGUGCGGCACGAUUCAAACCUAAAAGAUUUAUAUAAUGAAAGGCACCGACUUGCCCUGGAAACGCUGGUAUCCGAAGGAAUCGACUCCUUUACAGAUUUUCUGAACAAGGAGAGAAUUGCGAACUUUUUAACCGAUGACGAGAUCAGACGAAUCUCCCGUGCCGCGGUUGUACCGAGAUGCGUUUCCCUGGUUGGGGACGAUUCUCAUUUAGAGCAACACAGCACAUUGGAUUGUUCGUCUGCCACGUAUUUCCCCGAGGUUUCCGACCUGGAGCCCCCGGUUUUAGAACUCGGUUGGCCCGCUUUCACUACAGGGUCGUUCCGUGGAGUCACGCGCGCUGUAGCCUACUUUCAGCCAAGUUAUGGAGAAAGCAUUUACAGCUGCAAAGAAGCAGUAAGAAGGAUGAUAAAAAAUGCAAAAGAGGUGAUUGCCAUAGUAACCGAUUCACUAACAGACCUGGACAUUUUCCAUGACCUGCAGGAGGCAUGCACGCAAAGGCGUGUCCCUGUGUACAUCCUACUAGACCAGGCAUCUCUCCCAGCAUUCAUACAAAUGUGCAAAAACCUUAACUUGCAACUUGGUGACCUACAGCUAAUGAGAGUGCGGACACUAACAGGUUCAACUUACUACAUGCGAUCUGGUGCUCGAAUUACUGGGAAGGUUCAUGAGCGGUUUAUGUUGAUUGAUGGAAACAGAGUAGCCACAGGCUCCUACAGGUUCAACUGGACUGACGGUAAACUUAACAGUAGCAAUCUGAUUGAGCUAUCUGGCCAAAUCACAGAGAACUUUGAUGAAGAGUUCCGCAUCCUCUAUGCUCAAUCUCUCCCACUUGACACAAGAGUUACCUCUAGUAUUCAAAACAGCAGCAUCUAUGAUUACCAACUACUCAAGCCCAAAGGAGCCUCCGGUUCCACAGCAGCAGUCUGUAAACCAAUGAGGCUGACCAGCACACCCAACAGAGCUCACAUCAAACACUCUGGAAAAGAAAGUGAGAUUGAGUGCAUUCCACUACCUGGUACAUUAAAUCUUGAAGGGAAGUGGAUUGAGAAAGAUUUUGGACAUGAUCCUACUGCUGCUGAAGACAAUCCUGUGAAUGUUGAAAACUUUGCUGUAUCUGCUAACACUGUAAUUGUGGGAACUACGACACAUACACCUGCCCAGUUUCGUCACAUGUCCACACAGACUAGCUACCUGAAUUUAGAUGACACAAUGCAAAUAAAAGCAAUCACUACUCCUCAGGAUUCUUGCACCAUAGCCCUAAACUCUGCCUGCAGUAAAAAGACAAGCAGCCCUAGCCAUUCAUCAUCUGCAUCAACAACUACCACACCCAGGGAAUGUUCAUCUCAAGUAGAGGUGCAGUACUGCCCAUACAUCAACCGCAGUAUACUUCCUACAGGCAGCAACCUGAGAGAUAGUGUAUGCAAACUGACCAAAGAACGGCAUUACCAUUUUUCAAUCAUUCGCUCCAAGCUGGACCACAUGGUAAUGAUGCUAUCCCGUGGGAGUGGGCAGAUAGAUCUUGUUGGUCGGCACCAUGGGGUGAAGGGCAGUGUGUUGGUUGGGACAUGGCCAAGGUCACGUUGUCUGCAGUAAAGGGAGCAGUCUUGGUGUCGGGAAUGUUUUGCAUUACAUUUAUUGUCUUUCAAGCUGUAAUUUAGUGGAACAUGUGUUCCAUUUAAAUACUUUAUGGGGGUUUGCCGAAGCACAUUUUAAGAGCUUGAGUAAAAAUAAUAUAGUAUAGUUAUUACAUGUUUAUUGUUAAUGUUUUUCUAGACUUUAUAUAAUUAAAGGUGGUUGGGUCUUCUUGACAGUUAAUUAUGUUUAAUAUUAAAUUUGUUCAUUUUAGUGGUAUAAUGGGAUCUUUUGUUAAUCAGGUGAUGUAAAUUGAUAAUUUACAGAAAUUGUAAAGGUUUAGUAGUAUUUUGCACAGCCAUGUUUUCACUACAUUAGAAUACAUAAGGUACUGGGUUCCUGAAAUUCUAAUUCAUAAAUCAAAGCAUUCCAAGCUUUUGCUUAAUUUAGCGGAUCAAAAAAUAGUGCAAUUCUCUACUGCAGGUGUCAAAGAUUAGAAGAAAAUUAUGAUAAUAAUAAAAUAAUUUUCUCAAUAAAAAUUGAGUUGUGUUGAGAGUAAA